AUGUGUGGCAUGGUUCCUAACCUCAGACUCAGGUGUCACGUAGGGGGGACCCUUGACCACGGCAUCCUGUCCUCCCGUCUGGACGGCCCUCAGCCUAGGUGCCGCCGCCCCUCUGGGGUUAGUCCUCAGACCCAGGGGAUCUCCUUUGUUCCCUCACAACUGGGGUUUGGCAAGUCCGUCCUGGAGCCAUCAGUCCCCUCUACUUCCAUUUGUUGCACCAGAGUGACGUUUGCUCUCUAUUGUCUUUCUGUUUGCAAUAUGCAAAGGAAGUCUGCUUGUAAAAGGUUUAGACGACCUCCUUUAAUGAACCCCAUUAACAACUGUAAGGUAAAGCAGCAGAUGGAUUUAUGCAAGUAUGAUGAAUUAUCCUUCAGAUUUUUUUUCCCCCAACGCACCCCCCCCAAAAAAAAUCCUUUCAAGCUGAAAGAUAGUAGAAUUAAGAAUUUUCAACCAAACGGGCAGGAAAAUCACGAGUCACUCCCCAAAUCAGUGCAUUUUGAGUAUUUUUAA